GCUGAUGCAUAUAAAACAACUUGCCUCUUGUAGAUUUAAAUUCAAAGUAUGCAUAUGUUGAUAAACUGAAGAUUUUUGUACUGAUGUUGUUAACCUCCAGCUACUAGACAACCAACUAAUGCGACAUCACCACCCAAUGUGCCAGAAAGAACUCUAGGCAUCACACCACCACCCCUGUUUCCACCACCUCAGCUCCGAACAACAUUGAUGGUAAAUACCCCAGCAACCCGACAAAUGCAGAGCGAGGCAGAUGCAUCUACUAGUCAAGCCACUGAUGCUGGGACAGUACCACCCAAUGUGCCUGAAAGAACUCUAGGCAUCACAGCACAAACACCUCAGCUACCGACAUCACUUAGGUUAAAUACCCCAGCAAGGAGACAACUGCAGAUCGAGACAACCACACCUGUGCAGAUCGAAAUUCUCACUCAGCUUGAAAUAAUCAAGCAGCAACAGGCCCAAAUCCUGCUGUUACUACAAAAACAAAACUCUAUGGGUGCUAUGGGUACAGACCAGACAGAAGUGGUGGCGAUAGCAGCAAAGUUUCCCAUUAAGGACAGGAGUGGUCUUACCACACUAGAGCAGGAGCUUCGUGAAAGCCCAGCCAUCAAAGAGAAAGCAAUAAACUAUUUUGGCAUCAUCGGGGGUACAAAUGUAAGAGAUACGACAUGGCGUACUCUUCAGAAGAUGAUUUCAAAUGACCUUGCUAGAUCAAUGAACUGGAAAGGGGCCAAUGGAAAGGUCUCAUUCAGCGACUCAUGUUUACGAGAAAUAGUCAAUCAGUCAGUGAGAAAAAUUUUUGUGUGCGCAGAAGCCACAGAUGUAGCCAUUGAGUCAGUGGUAAAAAGAUGGCUACAUCUGGCUCCAGAUAGAGAUGGAGGGAGAAAGGAGAGGGCAAGGAGACAAGAGGAGCUCCAGUGAAAGACUAGAAGAACUGGUAAGAUAUGGAAGAUACGGCCUGAUGUGGAAGAGGAAAUGCAGCUCUACAAACAGGAAAAGUCAUUCCAUUUGAUUCUAAUUUACAGCACAUGGUAGCGGUCACUAAAAAGGAAAUGAUUUAGUCCCCAUGGUUUAGUAAUCCAUUCUCGGUUUAUAAACUGUACCCGUUAAUUUGUAAUCCGUACUCCUGAUUUUGUAAAAUACCCGUGGAUUUGUGAAAUGUAAUCUCAAAUUUAAAAUUAGAAACCUUAUUUUGUAAACUUUACCCAGGUUUAUAUAUGUUUGUUAUAGCAUAGCAUGCUCUAAGUUUAUACUAGUACAGGUUUUUAUUAUACACACAUAUGGCUCUGCCCUCAUAAAUUAUAAUUAAUGUGGAAUAAAAUCUGUUUUCUACUUAGUAAACAUAAUAUAUGUAUAAUGUGAUA